AUGAUCAAGCAUGGGAUAGAGAGGAAGCUGAUCGAGCAGAAAGUAAUGUUCAUGAAUGGGCUGAGACCAGAAUGGAUGGCUGUGGUUUCCACUGCGAAGGCGCAUGAACAGUUCAAAUCGUACUCACUGGCGAAACUAGUAGGGAUACUAAAGUCCCAUGAAAUUAUUGUAACCAAGGAAGCGAAAGUGGUCUCUGGUGUGGGAUCGUUAGCUCUUGUUUCUAAAGGAAAAAGUAUUGCAGAAGAAGAAGAAGAAGAAGAGUCAGACAUGUCAGAGUGCGAUCUUACAAGUGAGGAGUAUGCCUUGAUGGUCACAAAUCCAAAGAAAUUUGCAAGGAGAAAAUUUCCUGAAGAUGAAGUUAUAGCAGAAUGUGAAUCAGAAGUGUCCUCUAAAGAGACAUCAAGUUCAUAUAGGCUAGGUUUGGAUAAGAUAGAAACCUUCAUCGAUUCUAAGGAACAUAAAAAUAAUAAAAUAAACUUUGAUAAUUCGUCUGAAUUUGAUGCGGAAAGCGAGAUGAGUGAAAUAUCAGUAGAGGAUGAAGUUGAUUGGUCUAAGUUUAUGAAAAAUGAAACCGAGCAUGAAAAACCUCUUAUAUUAGAAAACUUAGUUGAGUUUGCUCGUCUGUCAAAAGAACAGAAACCAAAACUCAAGGAAAAGGCCUUGGUCUAUCAAAAAGUUCAGACCGUGCCAAAUCAGGUUUAUGCUGUGACUGGGGUCACUCAAAGCCAAACGGCAGAAUUAAGAAUCAUAGUUGAUGAAGAUAACGUUGAAGGAUGCGAAGACUAUUUCUGGUCUGCUUCUAUUGACAACGCAGACGAGACUGUGGGACUAUCUGAGAAAACCACAUGGAUAGUCAAAGGUAGAUACAUACCAGAACCCAUCAACAAACCCUCCAAUUUUGACAUUCCAAGCACAAGUGGAACCAAAGAUGUUCAUGAGGAACCAAUGGUUGAACCUGAUGUUCCAAUCAAGAGGGAAGAACCGAAAGUUCAAACUAAGAAGAGUACAGAAUCUAAAAUGGAAGGUAAGACAACUGUAAAUCAAAAGGAGAAACCAAAGGCCAGCUUCAAUGUCCACAAAUCUCAAAAGGAUCUAGCUGAACAGAAACGCUUGAGAAAUCAGAGAUAUGCCACGAAUCUGAAUGAACGGAAAAGGCAUUGGAAUUCUCAAAAUCCCAACUAUGAGCCUCCCAGGAAAGGAUCCAUGGACAAGGGAAAGGAAAAGUUGAAGGAAAAUUUCAGUCCAAAUUCCUACUAUUCCAAAUCCCAGAACCGAAAGUCACGUCUCAGUCCUGAACCCACUUUCUGUCCUAGACCUAGUUUUGGUCCUAAACCCAGAUUCGGUCCUCGACCCAGAUUUAGUCCUGAACCCAGAUUCGGUCCUAAUCCUAGUUAUGGAUCCUCCAAGUCCCAAAAUGAAACAAAUUCUUUAAAGGACAUCAAAGGAAAAGGAAAGUUGGAAUCAGACUCUGAGAAGGAAAAUAAGAAAUCCUCCACUAAACCUAGGAAUCAAACAAAAAAUCCUAAACCAUCAAAAGCAACCCAACUGAUACACCAAAAUUUAAAGAAGAUAAAGAAAAAAUCAAGGUGUAUACCAUUAAAAGAAAAGAUCAAACCACUCUUAUUAAACGAACUUAUUUAG